GUAUUAUCUUUACUUUUUAUGGUAUUUAGAAUUCCCUAACAAUCAGAUUUUUCAAGAUUUCACCAAUAUUCUUCAUAAUCCAUUUAUUUAAUAUAAUCCAUCCAGAGGUAACUUUAAGCAAUUGAUCUCAACAUGAGGCUGAUGUGUACAUUUCAAUAAUUAUUAAUUUAAAUUAAUUUACUGGAGUUCAUUUAAAAACUCAUUGACAAUUGAACAACAAAUGACAAUAGUAUUUUAAACAAAAGGAUUACUAUUUUUAAUCACAUUGACAUCAAUAUGAAUGCAUACAUUACUAUAUAUCAUUAAUAUUACUAAUUAUUAAGAUCUUAUUACGUGUACGACUGACACUUUAAACAGUAAGGACUCAUCUUUUUCAGCCGUCGAAGUUUAUAUACACAUGUAAUCAACAAUAUAAACUCUACAUCAUGGAACAAGAAGAGGAAUCAAGGCAUAAUUUCAUGCUUCCUGAUGAAAAUAAAUCUCAAACGAAUACUGAUGAUUGUGAAAAUUCUCUACAGAAUAGUGAAAAGAAAUCAGAUAUUACCAGCGAAGGAAUAAAAUUAAUCGCAGUUCAACCUUUAGCAGUUAAUAAAUAUUUACAGCAAAAAAAACAUGAUGAGUUAUUGUUCAAGAAAUAUGAAAAAAUUUGUAAGAUUGGUGAAGGUGCUUAUGGAGUUGUAUUCAAAUGUCGUGAUAUAAAAACUGGACAACUUGUAGCUAUUAAACAAUUCACUGCAUCUGAAGAUGAUCCAGUCAUUCGUAAAAUUGCUAUGAGAGAAAUUCGAAUGUUGAAGCGUUUGAAACACCCAAACUUGGUCAAUUUGAUAGAAGUAUUUCGUAAGAAGAAGAGAUUGAAUUUAGUCUUCCAGUUUAUUGAUAACUCCCUACUGAAUGAAAUGGAGCAAAGACCUAGAAGGUUGGAUAAAGGAAAAAUCAGAAAGAUCACUUGGCAGCUUCUUCUUGCAACGGAUUUUUGUCACCAGUCAAAUUGUAUACAUCGUGAUAUUAAACCUGAAAAUAUCUUAAUAAAUAAAUCCAAUGAAGUGAAAUUGUGUGAUUUUGGAUUUGCUAGAUUUCUAAAUCCAGGUGGUGAAUAUACAGAUUAUGUAGCAACACGUUGGUAUCGUUCACCGGAAUUGUUGGUUGGAGAUACACAAUAUGGUCCACCAGUUGAUGUUUGGGCAAUUGGAUGUGUAUUUGCAGAAAUGUUACUUGGCUGCCCUCUAUGGCCAGGUUCUUCUGAUUUGGAUCAACUCUACCUUAUAACAAAGAACCUUGGUGAUUUAUAUCCUCGACAUCGACAAAUAUUUGAACAAAGUAAAUACUUCGCUGGCAUUCAGGUUCCAUCUUCAUCAUCUGUGCAUAAAAUCUGCACUUUUUAUUUGGAUAUUCAGGAAUCCUUGGAGAAGAGGUUUGAACGAACUUCUCCCAUGACACUGAGUCCAAAGGAAUUAGAUUUUCUACAGGCAUGUGUACGAAUGGAUCCUUCGGAACGAUGGAGUUGUGCUGAGUUAUUAAAACAUCCAUACUUUGGAAUGCACAGUCUAUCUGAGAAGAAUAAUAAAUUAUCGUGUAAAAUCCAAGAUAUUGGUACAAGUGUUAUGAACGACUUCAGUUCCUCUUCGAAUACAUUGAUAAAAAAUGAAAAGCAAUUUGGACUAGAGAAUACACCAAAAAAAAUUGAUCUGAAAGUUGCAACCAGUAAAUCUAUCAACCCAGUUUCAUAUCCUUUUAAGACUACACUUCAUCCAAAGAUGAGAAUAGGUGCAAUGAAUCAGAAAACUCCUAAUACAUGGGAUUUUAUUGGAAAGAAGCAAUUGCCAUCAAUUUCAACUCAUCGAACAUUUUAUCGAACGCCAGCUACAAACUUGAGUUCUAAUAUCACUGCUGUUUCUACUACUUCUAUCAUAUCUACGACUACUUCAACGAGUAAUAUGAAUACUUAUGGAGAUUCUCGAACACAUGGACAAGUAUCACUUUUUAAACCGAUCUUCACAAAUCAUACACAAAUUAUUCAGAAUAAUCAUAAUUUACAACAUCACUCCAAUAGUUAUGCAACACAUUCUAAUUUAGCGUUAACAGCCAUUUCUCUGGGUUCAUUAACUGGUAAGUCUACAACAAGUCAAGGAAUUCAUCAUUUAUCCGUUUCUAUGCCAAAUGUAGCUCAAGCAGUUUCAGUAGUCACAACGACUGGGUUAACUGUAUUACCACAAAAUCAACCUGUCACUAUCACAUCAACAACAACAUCUACACUUUUAACUACAGUAGAUCCAAUAAAUGAAAAUUACUAUAAAUCAUUAUUAAAUCUAUCAUCUUACUCACCAUUACAUAUUUCUACACGUGUUAUGCGCCAAAAUACAGAUGAUCAUUCAUUAAAACAAUCAUAUAGUCAAUUGAAUCAAAAGUCGAAGACAACAAUUCAUCUACCGAAUAUUUAAAAGAAAUAAAAUAUCUGUUUAUAGUUUAUCUUAAACUUUGUUCAAUUCUACUUUUAUUUUCCACUUUUGUGAAUAUUCUGAAAAUUCUAUGAAAUAAUGUGCAUAAAUGCUAUGAAAAAUCUACAAUAGUGGACAAGAAAAUCGAUUCUGAGACAUUCACAUCAACACAUGGUAAAUACAUGAGUAUAUUUGUACCUGAUAUUUUACUGAUUCAGUAAUAUCAAUUAGCGUUUCAU